UUUGAUUUCUUGCCUUCAUCGCGACUGCGACGCACAAACCGAACGACAACGGCUUCCCCUCGUUGUUUUCCUUCCGCCCUCCCUCCUCGGCCCCCCAACAUCCGUGGAUCCAGAUCCAGCUGCGCGUCACGUUCCAAUUCCAAGGAGAUCUCGAGAACUCCUCUUCGAUCUCGUUCGCACCUUCUUGCGAUCGAUCAAGAUCCAAGAAUUCGAUCUCAUUGGGGCCGUUUCCUUCUUGGCCCCGCUUUCUUGGAUCGGUUUCCGCCCGAGUCCGGGGAGAUUUGAUGGGCAGAUGCUGAUUUGAGGUCAAGAAUUGAUCAAGAACCGAUGGCCGAGGGCGAUCACGGAGCGAAGAAGGAUGUCGAAGCGGCGGGAACGAAGGUUGACGAGGAUCGGACCGAGAACGAAGGGCAGGUGCUCCACAAGGACCUAUAUAUCUCCAACCGGUGCCGCGGCGACGGCAUCGAGCGGUCGAGCUGCUCGGUCGAUGGAUCUUGCGACGGCGGUAUGCCGGAAGAGGCCGAGAAUGUCGAGUCGCCAUUGAUCCAUGGGGAGGGAUUGAACAAUAAUGUAGCCGUCGAGCCUAAGACCCAGAUAUCGCCCUACUUUCGCCAGAGGACCGCGGUUGUUGGUGCCGAGGGGAACCCGAACGGUAACAAGUACGUUCCCAUUGACGUGGUGAAUGGUCUGCAUCCGAGCCAGUCGAUUUUGAAGCUCGAAGAAUUAGAAAGGGCUGCAGAGAGCACCAUCUCCACGGUCGUUGUGCUCAAGACAUUGUUUUAUAUUUUGGUCUGGUACACAUUCAGCACUUGUUUGACAUUGUACAAUAAGACACUUUUAGGGGAUAAGUUAGGGAAGUUUCCAGCACCAUUAUUGAUGAACACAUUUCAUUUUGCAUUGCAAGCUAUUUUAUCAAAAAUAGUGGUGUGCAUACAGUCUCGGAAAGGUGAUGUUGGCAUUAAAAUGACAUGGAAGGAUUACUUCAUUAAAGUUGUGCCAACAGCUCUUGGAACUGCACUUGACAUAAACUUGAGCAACGCUUCUCUUGUUUUCAUAUCCGUGACAUUUGCUACAAUGUGUAAAUCAGCCUCUCCGGUAUUUCUUCUGCUUUUUGCAUUUGCAUUUAGGUUGGAAACUCCGAGUGUUAAGCUUCUGGGCAUCAUAUUAAUCAUUUCCAUUGGAGUUCUGUUAACAGUUGCCAAGGAGACAGAGUUUGAAUUUUGGGGAUUUGUCUUUGUCAUGUUUGCUGCUGUUAUGAGUGGUUUUCGCUGGUCCAUGACUCAGAUUCUUUUGCAGAAAGAAGCUUAUGGUUUAAAGAAUCCAAUUACUCUGAUGAGUUAUGUUACUCCUACCAUGGUUGUAGCAACUUUGGUUCUCUCUCUUAUAAUGGAUCCUUGGCAUGAUUUUGACACAAAUACAUACUUCGAUAGUCCAUGGCAUGUUGCCCGCAGCUGUCUCUUAAUGCUAAUUGGUGGAGCAUUGGCCUUUUUUAUGGUGUUAACUGAAUAUAUUCUUGUUUCAGCAACCAGUGCUGUAACUGUCUCUAUAGCUGGCGUUGUGAAGGAAGCAGUUACUAUUGUGGUUGCCGUGUUUUACUUCCAUGACCAGUUCACCUUGUUGAAAGGAAUUGGACUUCUUAUAAUCAUUACUGGUGUCAGUUUAUUUAACUGGUACAAAUAUGAAAAACUGAAGACGGGUCAGCCAAGCGGAAAUGAAGAAGCCAUUUCUUCAAGUCCCAGUGGAGCAGUAAAAUAUGUCAUCCUUGAUGACAUGGAACUUCUAGAUAUUGAAAAUUGAUUCAUGCCAGACACCAGAGAUAUCCAAUUUUGAAUUGAGUUAUCCGCGCCUUUCCAGAUUCUUCAGGAUCUUCUGGCCUGCAAAUUUGUUGGUUAGUUCAUCAAAUUGUUUUUAUCAAGGAAGUUCUCUUAGACAGCAUAUGGAACUCCGCCUUGCUGAUUGAUUCCGAUCGCUGCAUUUUUUUUUUCCCUAGCAUAUGGUCGUGCUAUUUGGUUGCUUGGUCUGAACUUCCAUUCAUCUCCUUCAGAGCAAGAAGCUUUAAGUUGAUAUAUUGUCUUAUAACUAUCUACUUCUCAAGCAACAUAGUCGAAGAAACAACCAUGGCCAAGCAAAAGUUGGCCGGUUGAUGUAUCACAAAAUGUGUAAAAAAAAAGACUGCCUUUUGACGGUGAAUUUUUUUCCCCAAUAUGAUUCAUUUGAUUGUACUACAAUUAAAGCCCUAUUGGCUUGUAUUAAUAGAAAUGGUUGAUUGAUCUAAAAUGUCUAAUAAAAACCUUUUUUCAA